AGUAGCAAGCUAGGAAUUAGCAAAUCCAUUAGAGAGUCAGGGCCUGGAAAAAUAUUAAGAGUGAGAUGGAUUCCUUAGUUGGAGAAUGUCAAUCUUUAGAGCUCUUGAAAGCUCAAGCUCAUUCAUGGAGCCACAUAUUCAGCUUCAUAAACUCCAUGUCCCUCAAGUGUGCCGUAGAGCUCGGCAUAGCAGACAUCAUCCACACCCAUGGCAAGCCAAUCUCCCUCCUUGAACUAGCAACCAAACUAUCCAUCCCCCCCACCAGAAACAACGACUUGCGCCGCCUCAUGCGCCUCCUGGUGUUCUCGGGAUUAUUCGGUCGAAAGCGUGAUGGGAACAGUCCCGAUCACGACGACGAAGAGCUGUACAUCCCCAACACCAUGUCUGCCCUCCUUGUCAAGGAGAAGGAUGCGAACGUCUCGUCGUUCCUUCUGAUGCUGGACCAAAUGUUGCUCAACCCAUGGUAUAACCUCAGUAGUUGGUUCAAGCAAGAUAAGCUGCCCACGCCCUUCGAGGUAGCACAUGGAAAGGGUGUUUGGGAGGCCACCAGCCAAACCCCGGGCUUCGAUAGCUUGGUGAACGAGGGGUUGGCAAGCGACUCUCAGUUCGUGGCCAAACUGGUCGUCGAGGAGUGCGGCGAGGUCUUCAAAGGCCUGAGGUCGCUGGUGGACGUUGGUGGGGGGACGGGCACGAUGGCCCGGGCCAUCGCGGAGGCCUAUCCACAGGUGAAGUGCACCGUCCUUGACCUGCCCCACGUGGUAGCGAGCUCGGAAGCGAGCGAGGCGGUCCAGCUUGUCGCGGGAGAUAUGUUUCAGUAUAUCCCUCCUGCUGAUGCAGUGCUGCUCAAGUGGGUGCUACAUGAUUGGAGCGACGAGGACUGCGUAAACAUACUGAAACAAUGCAAGAAGGCUGUUCCAUCCAAAGAAGAGGGGGGAAAGGUGAUCAUUAUUGAAAUGGUAGUUGACUUGGAUAUUGGCUUUCCUGAGUUGGCUGAAACACAGCUACUCUUUGACAUGCACAUGAUAGUCCACACCACAGGGAAACAAAGAAAGGAAUGCGAAUGGAAAAAUUUUUUUACUGAUGCAGGUUUUACCGGCUACAAAAUCAUACCGGCAUUAGGCGUGCGUUCAGUUAUCGUGGCUUAUUAUUGAAUAAUGGAUAGAUAAGUGAAGUCAUCUACUAGUGGGCAUGAAGUGAUCACUUUGCUGCUUCCUUCAAGUUUAAUCUUAGAUCUUCAUUAUGUAACGCAUCAAUUAUCCUAUAGUCUUGUCGGUUACCUCAUGUAGUAGAAUCGGUGUGAUGUUUGUAUUGGUC